AUGUCGAAGGUUACAGUAUUUUGUGUGUUGGUGAUCAUUGCAUCAUACAUGUUGACAAUACCUGUGCAGGGUCAACAAGGUGAAGAUGGUCACUCGCUUUGGCAGUAUAACCUUGUACGUGUUGAAAAUGAUUUGGAUACCACGCUCUAUGUUCAUUGUAAGUCAAAGGAUGAUGAUCUUGGCGAACAUUAUCUUAAACCAGGACAAUACACACAAUGGCAAUUCAGAGAUAACUUUUGGGGAACUACUUUGUUUUGGUGCAACUUUUCAUGGAACAAUGUGCAAAAGCGUUUUGAUGUUUAUGACUUCCAUGAGGAUGAAUGUGAUUUGCAAUGCUAUCGAAAAAUUAAAUUAGAUGGAGCCUAUUUUUACGGAGGAGCUGAUAAACCAAUAUGGGAGAAAAGGCAAUCAUGGUGA